AGUGCCCCGGGAGCACAGAGGGCUGUCCGGCUCAGGGACACUCGCCGUGGGCAGGGCCACCCCUCGCCGCGUCCCCACCCUAGGAAGGCCGCGCCAGGAGGCACCAUGCCCCAGAACGUGGUCCUCCCUGGCCCAGCGCCUUGGGGCUUCAGACUCUCGGGGGGCAUAGACUUCAACCAGCCUUUGGUCAUCACCAGGAUCACCCCAGGGAGCAAGGCAGCCGCUGCCAACCUGUGCCCUGGAGAUGUCAUCCUGGCUAUUGAUGGCUUUGGGACAGAGUCCAUGACUCAUGCUGAUGCACAGGACAGGAUUAAAGCAGCAGCACACCAGCUGUGUCUCAAAAUUGACAGGGCGGAAACUCGCUUAUGGUCUCCGCAGGUUUCUGAAGACGGGAAGCCUCAUCCUUUCAAAAUCAACUUAGAAUCAGAACCACAGGAUGUGAACUACUUUGAACACAAGCACAAUAUUCGGCCCAAACCUUUCAUAAUCCCAGGCCGGAGCAGUGGGUGCAGUACUCCGUCCGGUGUCGACGGUAGCAGCGGACGUAGCACCCCUUCCUCCGUCAGCACUGUUAGUACUAUUUGCCCAGGUGACUUGAAAGUUGCUGCUAAGAUGGCCCCUAACAUUCCUUUGGAAAUGGAACUUCCCGGUGUGAAGAUUGUACAUGCUCAGUUUAAUACACCUAUGCAGUUGUACUCAGAUGACAAUAUUAUGGAAACACUUCAGGGUCAGGUUUCAACAGCUCUAGGGGAAGCACCCUCCAUGAGUGAGCCCACAGCCUCCGUGCACCCCCAGUCGGAUGUGUACCGGAUGCUCCACGACCAACGGGAGGAGCCCACUGGGCCCCGCCAGUCGGGCUCCUUCAGGGUGCUCCAGGAGUUGGUUAAUGAUGAUGAGCGUCCCGCUGGGACUCGGAGUGUGAGAGCUCCAGUUACAAAAGCCCCGGGCAGUGCUGGCGGCACCCAGAAGAUGCCAAUCUGCGACAAAUGCGGGAGUGGCAUUGUCGGAGCGGUGGUGAAGGCCCGGGACAAGUACCGGCAUCCGGAGUGCCUUGUGUGUGCCGACUGCAACCUCAACCUCAAGCAGAAGGGCUACUUCUUCGUGGGCGGCGAGCUGUACUGCGAAACUCACGCCCGAGCCCGCACGAGGCCCCCGGAGGGCUACGACACGGUCACUCUUUAUCCCAAAGCUUAAGUCUACGCAGACCGAGCGCCCACGCAAGCACGCACGCACACUUACACGGGGAGACGUUCAUGACUUUGGGCAGAAGUAGAGCAAACUGUAGAGUCCAAAUCUAAAACCAAGGCUUGUUUAUCUCGUUGCUAGGAGAGGGGAUGGGAGGCAAACGCCCGCCCUCGGCUGUGUUUUGCAACUUUCUCUCUUUGGGGCUAGAAAUAACUUGAUGACAUUUAAACUAAUCUUUUUUUUUUUUUUUUGUAUGUCAUACUCCACAGUUUAAAUUUAUAUUAUAACCAUCAAACAUGUAAACGUCAAGCUAUUUGGGGGAGUCUAGCUGUCUUUCCUUAACAAAGUGGUUUGGCAAUUGUAGUAAGUACCAAAUGAUAACCGUGUAUUCUAGCACAGCCUGUUAUAUGCUUUAACCAUUAAAGUGCAUGUCCGGGAGAAAGUCCCUGGAUUUCUCUAGUUUUAUAUGCAACAAUCAUACCACUGGUUGCAACAUACAUAAGAAACACGUAAAACAUUUUAAAAUACCUAAUGAAGUGGCGCUCGAUGAAUUUAGCGAAAAUCAACAUUCCAGUGAGCGGGCCCAAUCAUAUGUACACUAACGAUGCAGGUAUUUUAAGAACACGUGGCUUCGUUUGUUUUUAUUACUCAUUUACUCUUUCUUGGGAGCCCACCAUUUCUGCCGACAGAAGGGACAUUUAAGUUUGCUAGUUACAGGUAAUGCAGU